AUGGGGUCCAGGGCUGAGCAGUACACUGUCUUAGGCGGACUCUGGUUCCUCCUGCUACUGAUGACAGGCGAGGGGGCCAAGGGUGGAGCCCUCAAAGAGAGUCAGGGGGUCUGCUCCAAGCAGACCCUGGUGGUCCCACUCCGUUACAAUGAGUCCUACAGCCAACCUGUAUAUAAGCCCUAUCUGACCCUGUGCUCUGGAAGGCGUGUCUGCAGCACCUACAGGACCACGUACCGCGUGGCCUGGAGGGAGGUGCGGAGGGAGGUGCGGCAGACCCACGCCGUGUGCUGCCAGGGCUGGAAGAAGCGGCAUCCUGGGGCACUCACCUGUGAUGAAGCCAUCUGCGCCAAGCCCUGCCAGAACGGAGGCGUCUGCGUUCGGCCGGACCAGUGCGAGUGCGCCCCAGGCUGGGGUGGGAAGCACUGUCACGUGGACGUGGAUGAAUGCAGGACCAGCGUCACUCUCUGCUCGCAUCGCUGCCUCAAUACCGCGGGCAGUUUCACCUGUGGCUGCCCGCCCGGCCUGGUGCUGGGCCCUGAUGGGCGCACUUGCGCGGAGGGGGCCCCAGAGCCCGCGACCAGUGCCAGCAUCCUCAACGUGGCCGUUCGUGAGGCUGGACCUGAUGAGCGUGCCCUGAAGCGGGAGAUUCGCGAGCUGCGAGGGCGCCUGGAGAGGCUGGAGCAGUGGGCCGGUCAGGCUGGGGCCUGGGUACGAGCAGUGCUGCCCGUGCCCCCGGAAGAGCUGCAGCCCGAACAGGUGGCGGAGCUGUGGGGCCGGGGCGAUAGGAUCGAGUCUCUCAGCGACCAGCUGCUGCUGCUGGAGGAGCGACUGGGAACCUGCUCCUGUGAGGACAACAGCCUGGGCCCAGGCCUCAAAGGGUGA